AUGGGUGGCCUUACGCACCUCAUCGUCUUCGUCUCCAUCUUAGCCGCAAUAACUCUCAAGUCAGAAGCCCAAUACCUUCUUCCGAUCACCAAACACGAGCCCACCAAACAAUUCUACACCACUAUCAACAUCGGCUCCUCCGCUAAAUCUCCCUUAAACCUCCUCCUCGAUCUCGGAACCAACCUCACGUGGCUCAACUGCCGCCAAAUCAAAUCUCUAUCAUCUCUCCGCCUCGUCACCUGCCAGAGCUCCACCUGCAAAUCCAUCCCCGGCAAUGGCUGCGACGGAAAAACCUGUCUUUACCGACAACCAAACCCUCUCGGAAAAUCCCCCGUCGUGACCGGCCGUGUCGUCCAAGACAGUGCCUCCAUCUCCACCACCGACGGCGGUAAAUUCCUCUCCAAAGUCUCCGUCCGUCCCUUCACAUUCUCCUGCGCCGAAGAGAAACACUUCCAAGGCCUUUCUCCUCCGGUCGCCGGAGUUAUGGCUCUUUCUCCGGGAAAGUUCCCGUUCUGGAGACAGGUAACGACAGCUUUUAACGUCAUCCCGAAAUUCUCUCUCUGCUUGCCAUCUUCCGGCACCGGUCACUUCUACAUCGCCGGCGUUCACUAUCUUAUCCCGCCGUUCAAUGGACCCAGUGGUCGUCCGAUUCCGAUGACUUUGACGCCGUUAAAAAACAUAGAGUCGGGAAAUUAUAUAAUCUCCGUCACGUCAAUCUACGUUGCCGGAAUCCCUUUAUCGUUGAAGCCAAAUCUGCUUGACGGCGGAGCCAAGCUGAGCACGGUGGUCCCCUACACCGUACUACACACCGAUAUAUACAAUGCUCUUGCUCAAUCUUUUACGCUUAAGGCAAAGGCUAUGGGACUAUAUGAGGCCGGAAGCUCAGGUCAGUUCAAAGACUGUUUCGACCUAGGCGGCACCGACAGGGCAGGGGCGGGGCUGAAGGUUCCGGCGAUAGAGUUGGGGCUUCCAGGGAGAGCAGGAGAGGUGAAAUGGAAGUUUCACGGGAAGAAUACGGUUGUUUAUGUGAUGGAGACGGUAGUGUGUUUGGCGUUCGUAGACGGAGGAAAGACACCAAAUGACUUGAUGGUGAUAGGAACACAUCAGCUCCAAGAUUACAUGGUGGAGUUUGAUUUAAGCACAACGCUUUUAGCCUUUAGUGACUCACUUUUGCUCCACAACACUAGCUGCUCCUCUUGGCCUUCCCAGAAGUAG